UCCACUACAUCCUCACUCCGCAUACUCUCCAGCUUUUGGCGGCGGCGAAAUGGACGCCGUGAUGGCCCGCCGCCGCCGUUCCCGAAUCCACGCGACUGAGGCUGCGCAUCGCCGCCGCCGCCGCAGCAGCUCGUCGGCGCCGCUUGACUCUCUGCCGGACGAUGUGCUCGAGGCGAUACUCCUCCGUCUCCCACGGCAGCCAUCAUCUCGCCCGCGCGCGUCCGCUGUCUCCAGGCGCUGGCGAGGCAUCGUCACCAACCCGAUGUUCCACCGCCGUUUCCAUGCGCACCACCGGAAGCCGCCCGUCCUCGGCGUUUUCGAGCGGCGCCGGAAAUUCAUCAUCACCCCCGUAUUGGCCGCUCCCGACCGUAUCCCAGCUGAGCGAUUGUCCAUCUCACGCUGGAUGACCUCCCGCGACUGCGACGCGACCGGCUGCCGCCACGGUCGGGUGCUGGCCAUACACAGGCUGCUGCCGCGUCUUGUCGUGUUCGCCCCCCUCACCGGCGAGGAGCGCAACCUGCCUGUUGUUCCGGACGAGUUCAGGGAGUGCAACUACCACCACGGGGCUGUGCUCUGUGCUGCCAGCGGCAAGGAGGACCACGUGCACGGCUUUUGCCAUGAGAGCCCAUUCCAGGUGGCAUUCCUUUCCAGGUACCCUACACGCAAUCGAUUUAUCACAUCUGUUUACUCAUCAGAAAGUGGCACAUGGGGCGGCCUUAAGGAAAUAGAAGCUCCAUUUAAAGUUGCUCUUGUUGAUGUUCCUGCGACCCUGGUUGGAAAUGUGCUCUACUGGAUGCUUUCAUGGGAUAAUGUUUGUGCUGCCAUGCUUGAGUUUGAUUUGGAUACGCAGAGCCUAGCUGUGAUCAAGGGACCUUCUGAUAUGAAUUAUUCCGGCAGCCAUAGGAUCAUCAAAAUAGAGCAAGGCACAGUUAGCUGGCUCAGGUUUAAAUUCCCGAUCCUAGAAAUAUGGCUGAGGCAAAAGAAUUGGCAUGGUCUUGCCACGUGGUUGCAGCAUAAGACAGUUGAUAUGCAUGACAUUCUUGGGAUCCCUCCUCGGGUUAGUAAGAAGUGGCAUCAGAAAAUCCUCGGCUAUGAGGAAGAUAGCAAUGUGAUCAUUCUCUAUGUUGAUGACAGUGCCUACAUGCUAGAUCUUAACUCAAUGAAAUCUACGAAACUUGAUGAAAGCCGUUUGAUGAAUUCCUGUCACCCUUUCACCAGUUUCUAUCCGCCAGACAUGGCCAUCUAAGAAGCAUAGAUAUAUGCACACGGACACAGGGAUACAGAUACAUAUAUGGAGACAUGGAAUACGGCAUUUUCCAGAAACAGCCAUACGGCGACACGGGAGUAUAUAUAUACAUAAAUAAAUAAAGUACAGCUUGUAAUGUUGUGAGGACAAAAGUAUAUUUGUAAGAUGUGGGAUCAAACUGCUGCCCAUUUGUUUCCUGCCUUCAUUUCCACGUUUGUAUAUGGAUGAGCGUAACGCACC